AUGAGCGCAGCAGAAGACAAACGCGGUGUCGAAAGCACUUCUGGAGCAGAUGUACCUCUUGCACAUGGUGCUACCCUCUCUCCAACACGGCUUCGGGGACCUUCUGAACCCUCGGUUUAUCGCUCCUUCCAUGAAGAGCAGAUGGCUACAGAGAUCUCAUCGUUGAAGGAGGAAAACGCCAAGCUGCACAAACUCGUACAAGGCCAAAAACAGCAAAUGGAACUGAUUCUCGACAUGAAAAAGGAGCAAAAUCAACAGAUGCUUGAUAUGAAGGAGCAGCUGGCAAGCAUGCAAUCUGAAUUGACUCAGUUGCGUCAAGCAAAGGAAGCGCCUAACCAUGGUCACGUUUUACAGAGCCACCCUGAAAGGCCUAGCCUCCCGGAAACGACUGUAAUCGUCCCUGAUGCUGCCCCCAGAGGUCCUGAGCUGGGAAAAAAUCUUUCUGCGCCCCCCAAUGACGAUGAAGGCUUGGAAGAAACGGUAGAUGUGGAACCCAUGCAAGAGGACAUUGCCUCCGAUCAGCCUGUACCCAAGCAAAAGGCUCCUGCUGAGCAACGGGCUACAACUACUCAGAGGCAAGCUACAGAACUAAUAUCUGGCAAAAUCAAUCAUGCAAGGGGAGUUGAGGAUAGAACACAGGAAGUCUCACAAUUGCCAUGUCCGAGUGUUGAGACUCCAAGUACGAACACGGAGAUGAAGGCGAGUACACAAAGCUCAGAUCUUCCUCCAUGGCCUGUACUUCCACCAAACCCUCCCAUGCCAGAAAGGAACAUCGCCAGACUGGCAUCCACAGGAGCCGGUCGCUUCCCUGCUGAGAGCGAGGCUCAUGACGUUUUUGUGACCCCUAGGUCUGAGGUGUUGAAAAUUUUGAAGGGAUACAAGUAG